UAGUUUUCUACCUGAGUCACUGUAGAUAUAUCCAGUUUGGUCUGAACAUGUUCCCGGUCUCUGAUGUUUUCAUUGUGGAUUUUUACCUUCUGUAUGAGCUGGACUCCGGUUCACGGUGGCCUCCAUCUGAUUGGUUCCUCUCAGCCAAUCGUAGCUGCUCCUGGAGAUGACGUCAUCCUCCCGUGUCGGGUGGAUCCUGAGUGGGACGCCGUGGGGAAGACGGUGGAGUGGUCCCGACCGGACCUGAGGCCGACCGGCCCUCAGAAGCGUGUGGAGUACGUGUUCGUGUACCGCUUCAGGAAGACGGACCGAGACAUGAUGAUGGACACGUACAUCCAGAGGACGUCUCUGUCCCAGGACGGCCUGAGGCGAGGAGACGUCUCUCUGACCAUCAGGAACGUCAGCCUGCAGGACCAGGGCAGGUUCCGAUGCUUCAUCCCACGCCUCGGGAUAGAAGCAGAACUUCUGCUUGUUGUUGAUCCAAACUUUGUUUCAUUGACAACAGAAACGGUUUCUCACAGAAACCUCAUCACUCUGACGCCACAGGAGGAAACCAGCAGGAACGGUUGGGUCAGAUUCCAUCUUUGCCUAAUUGUUUUUUCCUUCUUCAUCAUUUGUCUGGGUCCAGUUUCCCUUUGUGUCAUUAGAAAAUGGCAACAAAUACAGAAAGUGAGUCAAAUUUCUUCUGAG